GCAGGCUGCAUCACAUUUUAUGGAAUAGUUAAUGAAAACAAUAAAUGCAAAUAUUUUUAUUAUAGAAUACCCAGGAUAUGGAAUUUAUUAAAUGUAAAAGAAUUUGAAUAACACUAUGAUUGAAGAGGAUGCUUUAGCAUUCUAUGAUCAUGUAAAAAAAUCUUAAAAGUUACAAGAUAAUUAAAUUUAUAUUUUGGGAAGGUAUGAAUAAAUUGAAACUUGUAGAUCAAUAGGAACUGGACCAGCAUUUUAUUUAGCUAGUUUAAGAAGGCCAAAAGGUUUAAUUGUUAUGUCAAGCUAUAAAUCUUUUAAAACUAUCAUAUAAGAUUUUUGUUGUGGAUUUGGUCAUGUUCUUGUUAUUUUAUUCUGCUUACCAAAUUUCUUUAAAAAUAAUGAAAGAUCUUAAUGUAUAAAAUGUCCUAUAAUAUUAAUUCAUGGACUGCUGGAUAAAUUAAUCAAACCACAUCAUUCACAUGAAUUAUUCUUAAAGUAUAAUAUAUAAAUGUUUUAGUUUAGUUUACCAUUAAACAUAUAGAACUAAUCUCAUUUAUUUAUUAGAGAGAGAAUGACACAUAAUUUUUUUGAUAUUGAAAAUGAUAUAGCUAGUCCUAUUUUAGAAAUCUUUUCAGAACUUAGAUAUUAAAAAUUUUGA